AUGUCUUCUCCCAAGAAUACCGCCUCCCGUGAAACGGAUCGCAAAUCUUCCUUAAGAACUCGAGUUCAAAAACAAUCCGAUAAUAAAGAAUCAUCAAAUUCAGCUCAGAGAUCCCUUAGAUCACUUGCUAAGCAACCCAUGGCUACCAUCGGAACCGUUGGCCCGUCUCCAAUGGAUACUACGGUCACCACAUCAGCAAGUGAUGAUACGGUGGGAACGUAUCGAUCGAUUGAUUCAAAGCUAGAUCCUGAACUAAUCCCAGAUAAACUAUUGAAAAAUAUAGCUAUACCUUCUGCCACCCGUUCCUUUAAUGCUUUCGUAAUUAGGAAGAGGACAAUAAUCCGCAACAAGUCCCCACGACUUUCCAAAGAGCUCCCACCUUCAAUAUUAGAAAGACAGGCACUCUCGAGAUCAUCUUCUUCCAUUGCAAAUUCUACAAAGAAGUUCGCAAAGACAUUCGACAAGAAGUCAACUACUACUUCAGCCACGCCAUUCAUCCCUCUUCCUCUUGAAACAAGUUACAAUUCCGACUCCAAGAACGAGGAUAAGAAGCCCGCUAAGAAAUCAAGAAUGGCACUGAAGCCAUCUCAAAGUCCAUCCAAAUACCGCAACAAGCGUAAUCGCGACAAGUUUGAGGAACCUGAAGAGAAGAGUUACAUGAUUAGUUGUGGUCUCGGUGGUCAGCUAGAAGACUACGCGACAUUUUACUUCACAGAAAAAGUUUUUGAAGCCAUACUCGAGGUCGUUCCCCAUUUUAAGAAGUAUCGCAAGCCCUGUUCCAAUUCAGUCUAUGUACGCGGAUAUAUGGCCUCAUCUUCCAGAUUCAUCAUUCAAUGGCUUAUAGAUGGUACAAUCAUGCCACUUGAAUUGCAUAAGCCAGGACGAGCCGAAGGUCUUUCUAACUACCGUUUCGUCGACACGUAUAUCAUGGCAACUGAUUUUCAUAUUCCUCGAUUGUGCCAUGAGCUUAUGGAUUCGGUUAUGAAAGAGUUUUGGGGUAGUAAUGGAGAGGCGGUCAUCUUACCAGACAUUCGAGACUUGUAUAUCGUUUACUCGCAAACUGAUCCCGGUAAUCCUUUGAGAAAGCUUUAUAUUGCUGUUUUUGACUGGCUCUUGACCUCCGAUGAAUGCAACCGAGACACCGGCCGACUCAAGACUUCCAGCGCCGAGCUUUGGAAUCUCCUCUCCCGCUCUAAGAAUGCUGGUAUCGACUACAUCGAUUACUGCAGAAGCCAAGUCACAGAUCGCGGAACUUAUUCACAUCCUCUUGAUCCGCGAAAAUGGAAUACAUGCGAAUUGCAUCAGCAUUUUUCCCAUCAGGAUUGUCCGAUUUGGAUCAAGCGUCGUGAUGAGAAUCAAGAGGAUAAGUGA